AGAAUAAUGAAAACAAUAUUUAUAAGUUUAAUAUUGUUGUUGUCAACUUUAGCAUCAUUGAUUGUGGCCGAGCCUCCUUUUUAUGGCAAGGGUUCAAGUGUACAUAACUUGAAUGCCAACAACUUUGAUUCAAUGGUGAAUGGUGACGAUCAUAAUUGGUUGGUAGAGUUCUAUGCCCCAUGGUGUGGACACUGCAAGAGUCUGAAGCCUGAGUACGAGAAGGCCGCCACCAACCUCAAGGGCAUCACCAAGUUUGCCGCCGUCAACUGUGACGAGGACGCCAACAAAGAUUUGUGUGGCCGUGUGCACGAGAUCAAGGGCUUCCCAACGAUCAAGUUCUUCCCAUCAAAGGCCAAUGCCAAGGGACAAAAGGUGGCCGAGGAGUACCAGAGCGGACGUAGCGCCAAGGACUUUAUCUCGUUCAUGACCGGACGUCUGCCAACCUAUGUCGAGAAGCUCACCGAACAGAGCAUCGACAAGUUCAUCACAUCAAACAAGCAUGCCAAGGCUGUGCUCUUCACCGACAAGGCCAAGACCUCAAACCUCUACAAGGCACUCUCCAUCGACUUCCAUCACAGUCUCCCACUCGGAGAGAUUCGUACAUCAAGCCAAGAAGUCUUGGACAAGUUCAAGGUAAAGUCAAUGCCAACUCUGGUUCUUUUCAAGAGCGACUCUGAAGAUAGCGCAGUUCAGUAUGAUGGAAAGUUGGAUCACGACUCUAUCACUGCAUUCUUGCAACCAUUUGAGAAUGUUGAAGCCAAGCCAAAGAGACAACAGCAGAAGGGUGGAAAGGACAGCAAGCAACAGAAGCCAAAGGAGAAGGAGGUGCCAGUCGAGCCAGCCCUCGACCACGCCGUGCUCAUCGAGAGCCAGGAGCAGUUUGACAAGUACUGCGCCAACGGCCUGUGCUCCGUCUCGCUGUUUGACUUCCAGAACGAGGACGACAAGGAGAGCAACGAGCGCUACAUUGAGAUGCUCAACAAGAUCGCCAAGAAGCAGGCUGGUCGCGUCAAGAUCGUUUACAUGGACGGCUCGAUUCAGGCCAACUUCAUCCAGGCCUUUGACCUGUCUGGUCUGCCCAACACAUUCGUUAUCAACAUCAACAAGAUGGCCUACACACCCUACCUUGGCUCAUACACUGAGGAGGCCAUCGAUGACUUCCUCGGCAACGUCUUGGUUGGCAAGAAGAGGGCCGUCACCUUCAAGACCGUUCCCAAGGUCGUGGCCAAGGUCACCGUAUCCAACGAGCAGCCCAAGCCAAAGGCCAAGGGCAAGGAUGAG